AAACAGAUAAUUAGAUGUCUGAAGUCUGUCUUCUUCCAGAUAGCUCUUAGAUCUCUUAUUCUUUCACGGCUGGACUCUGGGCCGUGCUGCAUGCAGGCUAGGCACCUUCCUGCUCUACCUCAGCCUGUAUGCUAACGGCUACUUUACUCGGUGUCCAGCGCUACCUCCAGGUCCUCUACCCGCAGAUGUGGAACAGGCUGGGGCGCAAGGGGGAGGCGGUGCUGCUCCUGGCUCUGUGGGGGCUCGCCUGUGCCCUGACUGCCCCUGCAGUUGCCACUCGCGAUGUGCGCGAUGGCGAGCUCAAGUGCCAGCGACACACGGGCUCCGAUGCUGAAAGAGUUGCUGUCCUCGUCUUGGAGACCCUUUUAGGGUUUGUCAUUCUGUUCUCUGUGCUGGUCACAUCCUCACGGGCGGGUGAACCAGACGGCGCUGUUCAGCAGUGCCAAGAUGACGCGGCUGGUCACCAGUGUGGUGGUCGCCUUCUUCAUCCUCUGGAUCACUGUGCACAUUGUCAAUUUGGUGGACAUCGCCGGCAUUGUGCUGCAGACUUCCUGGCCAGAGGCAUCGGCAGCGCUGCUGAGACACAGAAGCGCGGCAGCGCGUGUCGUCCGGAGCUUUACGUUUUUUAACAGCUGCCUGGACCCCUUCCUGUACGCCUUCGCCUCGCGGAGGAUCCGUAAGCAGCCUAAGUCGUCGUCGAGGAGCGAAAGCAGGAUGCAGGUCACAAAUAUCUAAUAUAUGAAGCUCUGCUCUGCUGGUGUGACUAAAGGCAUGUGACUGGAAUGCCAACCCCUAAUUCUAACCCUCAGCCUACCCAUAAUCAAACCCCUCACCCUAAACCUAACAAGUUAGGGUACUCUCAAAAAUAAAUAGCUUUUUUUUAGGGGUUCUUGACUUUUGAUUUUAGAGCAGCCAAAUAAGAGUUCCAUUGCCCCUGCUAUUUUGUCCUCAACAAAACCUACAUUUUGGUUUGCGGACUGUAUAGGCUGUACUUUCUAGGUAUCCAUAGGUUAGCCUAGAUUUGUUAUUUCGGGGAUCUAACGCCCUUCAAACUUGACCUCCAUUGGUCAAAGCCUAAAUUGUAUUGCUUCUGUCAGCUUUCCCGUGAAUAAAUUGGUUAGACUUGUCUAUGGACAAUGUUAUUGUACAUAUCUCUCAAUGUAUUCUGCAAGAUUUUAAAUUUGUGUGAACAUACUGGGACCACUAAGGAAACAGCUGUAAGAAAUGCUUGAUUUUGCAGGAAAUGUUGAACAACAUUCAGAAAGGUGUAGAUUUUUUGGGAAAAUCACCCUUUUCAGAACACAAAUGCAUGAAUGUUGACCCUGUCCAAACCCAACUACCCAACUAUUCAUCACCGACUGAACAACUUUACCCCUCCAACCCAGAAAGAGUGAAUACAGUCAUAUUGAUUCCAUUCAAGUGUAAUGGUUGUCGUCGUGAGAAAGAGAGGACCAAGGUGCAGCGUGGUAAGUAUUCAUUGUAAUUUAAUAAAGAAUUAAUACAGAACCAAAACACGACAAACAGACAGUCCUGAACGGUGCAACAAAACACAGAACAGAAAAUAAACACCCACAAGUCAAAAGUUAAACCAGGCUACCUAAGUAUGAUUCUCAAUCAGGGACAAUGAUUGACAGCUGCCUCUGAUUGAGAACCAUACCAGGCCGAACACAGAAAUCCCAAAACAUAGAAAAAGUAACAUAGACAACCCACCCAACUCACGCCCUGACCAUACUAAACCAAAGACAUAAUAAAAGAACUAAGGUCAGAACGUGACAUCAAGAAGUACGACACAUACAGUUGAUGUCGGAAGUUUACUUACACCUUAGCCAAAUACAUUUAAACUCAGUUUCCACAAUUCCUGACAUUUAAUCCUAGUAAAAAUUCCCAUUUUUAGGUCAGUUAGGAUCACCACUUUAUUUUAAGAAUGUGAAAUGUGAAAAUAAUAGUAGAGAGUGAUUUAUUUCAGCUUUAAUUUAUUUAAUCACAUUCCCAGUGUGUCAGAAGUUUACAUACACUCAGUUAGUAUUUGUUAGCAUUGCCUUUUAAUUGUUUAACUUGUUUCAAACUUUUUGGUAGCCUUCCACAAGCUUCCCACAAUAAAUUGGGUGAAUUUUGGCCCAUUCCUCCUGACAGAGCUGGUGUAAAUGAGUCAGGUUUGUUGGCCUCCUUGCUCGCACACGCAUUUUUCAGUUCUGCCCACAAAUGUUCUAUAGGAAUGAGUCAGGGCUUUGUGAUGGCCACUCCAAUACCGUGACUUUUUUUUACUUAAGCCAUUUUGCCACAACUUUGGAAGUAUGCUUGGGGUCAUUUUCCAUUUGGAAGACCCAUUUGCGACCAAGCAUUUACUUCCUGACUGAUGUUGCUGUUGGUGUUCUUUGGCUUGCAAGCUCUCACCCUUUUUCCUCCAAACAUAACAAUGGUCAUUAGGGCCAAACAAUUCGGUUUGUGUUUCAUCAGACCAGUGGACAUUUCUCCAAAAAGUAUGAUCUUUGUCCCCAUGUGUAGUUGCAAACCGUACUCUGGCUUUUUAAUGGCGGUUUUGGAGCAGUGGCUUGUUCCUUGCUGAGUGGCCUUUCAGGUUAUGUCGAUAUAGGACUCGUUUUACUGUGGAUAUAGAUACUGUAGUAAAACGCCAAAUGGAUCUACCUCCUGGUCCUCUUCCCCUGUCUUACCCACCAAGGGUAGAGACAGAGAUGACCUCGCCUACUGAAAUACCGGAUUGGGCAAAGCCACCAGAAGACGACUCAAGCCAACCAACUACUGAACCUGACUGGUGUCAGGAAGAAUCACCCUCUGCCUCAAGUGACACCUCUGAAUGGGAAAAGUGUUUCCUCAUUGUUGCUAGAGUAAUGGGCACUGUCAUGACCAGAGGCCCAUAUAUGCACUGUAAGAAAAGUGUUUCCUCAUUGUUGCUAGAGUAAUGGGCUCUGUCAUAACCAGAGGCCCAUAUAUGCACUGUAAGAAAAGUGUUUCCUCAUUGUUGCUAGAGUAAUGGGCUCUGUCAUAACCAGAGGCCCAUAUAUGCACUGUAAGAAAAGUGUUUCCUCAUUGUUGCUAGAGUAAUGGGCUCUGUCAUAACCAGAGGCCCAUAUAUGCACUGUAAGAAAAUUAUUUCCUGUUGUAAGAUAUGUCAUCACCCUCUCUGCUCUGAGGGAAUGGGAGGAGCAGCAGAUCGGGUGCAGAGAAUCAAAAGGUAUAUAAAGAGACAUUUGCCAUUACUUUGGCGCUGACUUCUUGAAUCCUGAAUUCAUUUAGACAACCAUUUGACUUCGGGUAAUUGCCACCUGACUCAAAUUACUUAAAGAUUCUAACUUGUUGGAUCUGAGAAGGGUCUCUCCGUUAUACCGUUUAACUAUUGAACAGCUGUUCUCUCGCCUGUGGCCUUGGUGCUUGUAUACUGACGCGAUUACACCCAGGGCCAGUCUUCGGAUCUGCAACUCUCGGUUGAGCUCAGUACCUAGCCCUAGUUACAUGGCACGGACACUGCGGUGGUUCAACGGCUCUGAGAGUCUCUCUAGUCCUUAAGUUGAUCUCCUGUUAAUACCUACGGUUAUCUGAAUUGACCCUGUCGCCCGCGGCCUUGGUGCUUGUAUACUGACGCGAUUACACCCAGGGCCAGUCUUCGGAUCUGCAACUCUCGGUUGAGCUCAGUACCUAGCCCUAGUCGUGUGACGCAGACUUUUCGAUAUUCCAGUGGGGCAGGGAAUCACCAGCGGGUUCUCUCAUUCAGUCCAAACUUGAAUCUCUCAAUUUAGCAAACUGCCGACUUCAAGUCAACCUUUCAGCCAGUAGAGGGAAGUCGCUACUAACUAAAUUUAAAAAAAGGAACUCUGACCGAUUGAAACUCUGCUCCUGAUCUCGUGGGUCUCCUCGUCAUCUCUCAAAGGUAAUUAAAUAACUAUUAUAAGCAUUUUAUGUAGAGAUAAGUGUUAUCAUUGUACCAGGCAUUUUUAUAGAGCAUUAAGGCAAGUGCAUGUUUUUGAUUAACGCUGUGUGUGACCGAGUAACAAUUGUGUAUUUUGAAGUGUGUUUGAUUGUAAAAGACAAAAAACAGAGUGUUUUCAAAAAUAAAUGGUAGUCUUAUUUUGUCUCGAGUAAACGGUUCUCUCAAAGACAGUUAACGGCACGGGAGAUAACAACUCUGACACUCCCCGCUACCGGGACACUGGAAACGGAGAUCGGGGCUCUAUGACAGAAUGAGUUACUGUUAAAAGACAAAGAGGAAGGUGUGUCCAGUAGUGAUUCAUUUAAUUGUCUUAUCGAUCUAUCUAAGUUUUAUUUUCCAAGCGAUACAUAGCCGACGGGCAGAGUAGUGAGACUAAGUUGACUAAAGGUCCUCACACUUUAAACUAGAUACAUCACAGAGGGGAAACACUCAACCACAGGGAAAUCAUAUAGAGACUGGUAGGACUAGUGCUUAAUAAUAACUCAAGGACCAAUUAGUGGUGAAACAAAGAGUCUAGAGGAUAAAGGUGGGGUUCGCACAUCCCAGCUAGAGCUAGACCGUUGAGAGUGACAAGGCAAAAGACCUCUCUACGCGGACAACGUUUCGAUAUAGAAAGAGAGGCAGGGCUACGCGAGCGGUCCUGGUUAUACCGAGAUAACCUGAAGUACCUAUAGUGCCCUGUCCAAUCCAGGGAACGGGACGCUAACCACCUCUAGCAUCCCCGCUGCCGGCCAAGGGGCGGGGCUGAAGGUUUCGUAUCGCGACACUUGGCGCCCAACGUGGGGCCCCACACCUCUAUAUAAGACUCUACUACUACCUGAGUUAACGGCCCCUACCAGCGCUCUAUUUCCAAACAACUUACUAAAGUAGGUAUCUUUAAAGAGUUAGAGAUAUGGCUACGGCAGUACGUUUCGUCUUACCGGAUCUACCGUGGGGUAAACUUAGAGCGGUAGACCAGACAGCCAUAAAACAUCUUCUGGGAAUAGAAGGAAGGGAAACUUUCUGGGAUGAUAAAAAAUUCCAGAAAAGAUCCCUAAAUGGCAACUACCAUAGAUACUACGGCAGCUCAUGAGGAGCAAAGUAGGGUAGAAAAUAAUGGUACAGUACAGGAAAUGAUACGCAGGCAAAAGGCAGGUCUACCCAACAGUAGGCUCGCAAUGUGCGUACCAGGAAUACCCUGGGGCCGCUGACCAAGAGGGAACAGACGGCCCCUCCAAUUACAGGAUUAGGCAAAUAUCCCUGAAUCCGAAGAAUUUCCCGUGAAGACUGAUCAACUUCACUGGAAAUUGUUGGAACAGGUGGAAAUUAAUUAUAAAAUGACACCAGUCUCUAUUCAAAGUGUAUAGCAAAUAAUUGUAUUAUUUCCUUGGGAAAGUAAAGCUAACAUAGUGCGUAAGUGUCACUAUGGGCGUUGUAUGAGGGAAAAUCCCUGAGAAAUAAGAAAGUACUAUAGAGUUUAUAACUAAAUAGGAAAUCUAAAUACAAUCUCAAGGUAAAGAGCAAUGGCGGAUUAGAGUCUACUCUUUGAGGGAAAAUCCCUGAGAAAUAAGAAAGUACGAUAGAGUUUAUAACUAAAUAGGAAAUCUAAAUUAAAUCUCAAGGUAAAGAGCAAUGGCGGGUUAGAGUCUACUCUUUGAAAAAAAAAAUCCCUGAGGAAACUAGAAAAUAUUAUAGAGUUUACAACUAAAUAGGAAAUUUAUACAAACCCCAAGGUGAAGAUAUGUUAACAAUAGUGAAUUAUUUUCAGCGCCGUUAAGGCAGGCAGACCUCGUAGUAAUACGAAAUUGGGUUCUAAUUAAAGGUCAUUCCAGAAAAAGAAGGGGGCCAGAGGAUGUAAGUGUGUAUUGUGGCAAAGUGGCCUUCUAUGCACAGCCCUGGUACCCCAUGGCAAUGGCCCUGCUACAAGACGGGACUCCAACGAAUCUAGGAGACACUAGUGUAAUGUUGAGAGCCAUGCAGGAAGAUUUAUGUUAAAUAUUUAGGGUAUAUUUUAAGCCAACAGGGCAGAAAAAAAAGAUGAAGUUAGAAAAGGAGUGAUUUUAUAAGCAUUAAAUUUAGUUAUGAAAAUAAAUAUGUUGCAGUUCUUAGGGAUAAUAAAGUACUGUAGGUAAUGGAUCACAUACUACGCAACAUAUAUAAAAUUAUUGAUGAGACUGAGUUAAGAUUAACCCAGGUUAUUGUUAGAUAAAAUACAGUGGACUCCCGAAAGAGAGAUUUCAUUAGUACAGAAAACAUAUGCUAUGUUUAGCAGCGUUUUGGCCUUAUCUAAUCAUUUGAAGGUUUGUCUUCAAAUAGUAGAAAGAUUACAAGAAUAUAUGGCAUCUGUUGUGACCCAGGGUCAUUGAGAGUAUCGGGUUAAUUAAGUUGAACUAUAUAAUUAUCUACAUAAAAAUGUUGAGUUCUAUAAAAUGCAUUAGUGUAAACAGGGAGACAGUGAGACAGUCAGUCAAUAUUUGGAGACAGAGACCAUAUCUGGUACUGUCAGUAUUAGCUGCGGCAACAGGAAGCAGAUGCAGAAGCGAAAAGGCAGGUUUUAAACCACAGCCAUUAAAAGCAGCAGUUAAGAGGAAGUUAAACAUAGACAUAACUACAUUGAAAGAGCUGAGACAGAUAGUGACCCAUGUGCAAAUGUAUUAGGUCAGUUAGACACUGACACAGGAGUAGGGGAAUGGGACUUUAAUAAAUAAUGCAAAGAGUGGACACCUAAAAUUUCAGGAUGGACUUAAAAUAAAUGAAAAUAAUAAACCACUUACGGAUAAAUAUGCUACAAGGAGAAGAAAAUCUCCUCAGCUUAUUGGACGCUAAAUAAUUAUAAGUCAGGGGAGUCAUAAAUAUGAAACAUUUUUUUUGUUCCAGACCAAAUAGAGAGAGUCAGAACACACAGAAGCAGUAAUAGCAGCCCUAGACAGACUCAACAGGGCAGGCAUGAAACUGAACUUGACAAAGAGCCAAAUAGGUCGAGAGGAAGUGAACUUUCUCGGUUUCACUAUAGGCACUGGAAUCACCGCAAGCCAAAAUGUAUUUGAAAAAGUAGCAGAGCUCAGCAAGCCACAAACAGUGAAUGAGAUGCAGAAAUGCCUAGGUAAACUAGUGUAUAUUAGAGACCACAUACCGGGCUAUAGCAGAGUAGCUAAGCAUUGCAGAGUAGCUAAGCAUUGCUAUAGAGGCACAACUAGAGAAGAUCACCAAAGAGACAUGUCACACAAAUAAUAUGGUAGACAAACCAUAACAUGGGACAAGAAAAUGCAAGAAUCCUGGGAAAAUGUGAAAUUAAUGGCCAUAGAAGCCCAAGAAAAUGAGCCCAGAGACCCCAACGUACCCCUCUGGCUGUGUCUGAAACUUGAAGGGCCAAUGGUGGUGAGGGAUGGCUACAUUUGGAUUUCAAAUGAGCUAUCAGGAAAAACAAUUACAAUGUUACAGCAAACAGCUGAAAGGGCCCACAAUGAAGUACUCCAGUACAGGGGCUAAAAUGGCCCUGCUUAGAGCUAUACUGGAACAAAAUAGUGUCCCUUGCCCAAGGACAGGCCAUAAUCAUAAAAGACACAGAACUAAACGAACUAUGGGCCACUAACCAUACAAAAAAUGGUAGGUAUUAAAACCACCACUUGGGAUAAGUGGAGGAACGUACAUGCCACCAAAGGAGUUAUGUUCAUCAGUGACCAAGGAUGGGACACUGACGAGCCAGGACCAGGAGGAACACGUCAAGCCAUGGGACGGGGUAAGGAUGGCUAAAGUAAUAGUGCCCCCCCCCCCAGUGACAGAACCAGUAGGGGAAGCAGGGGUAUUAAUAGAGGUAGAGGAGAGUAGAAUAUGGUUCAUAGACAUGUGGGAAAGACAUUUAGAUCCCCUUAAGGCAUAUACAAAUUGUGGGGGUUGUGGCCAAUUGGAACCAUUGCCACUAGGGAUAGACUCUACCAACAGGGUAGUGUUAGGCGGAACCACCUUCAUAUGUGCUCAUUGUUACCAAGGGGGUGCAGCAUACCGCAUUAGGCGUAGCCAUGACCCCAUUGGUACUUAUGCGGGCCCAGUGACUUCGUGGGGAGCCACGGGGCCAGUAACAGAGGAGGGGGACAGAUGGAUCAGGAAGUUGAGUCCCAACGGACCCAACCUGAAUCUCUGGAAAAGCGAAUCAUGGCCCAGAAAGGCAUGGAGAAAGCCGGGAUACCGAACCUUGACCCUUAACCACCGGAGGGUGGCUGGGGACAUAGGAAAUGGUACGCUGACCGGGCAGUGGGACGAGGCUCUGGUAGUCAAAGACAUGGAAGCCCAUUGGUCUCAGGAAGACCUCACCAUGCUAAAACAGAGCCCUUGGUUCAUGUACGGGAGUGCUAGACCACUACUGAGUUGCCAAAUCUUCCCACCAAAAAGGGAAAGACUCAGCUGUGACCAGUGGAACCUAAGCAAUUAUGUGGCCGUAAAGGCUAGGAGAGAGCCAAUGUCCAAAGUGAUUGGGUGUACUGAGACAGACGGAAGUGAAACUCUGGCUGACUUCAGUAGGAAGCACAGAAGAGGAACCCAAAGAGGCCUUAGGAGGCAAAAUGGGUACAGGUUUAGGGAGCCAGGGAAUCAUAGACAUUCUUACUGGCACACUUGUAUUACCUCAGUGCCCCCCAGACCUGAGCAAAGAGGGCCUGAAAGGAAUGGUCCAGACACAAAGUUAGAGCUAAGAUAUAGGGAGAACCUCUCAGGCUUAGGCCAUAGACUGGCCGACUUGACCCUGGCCGCAGAAAGAGCUGUAGGAGCUCUGACCCAGAAAGACCCCCAGGGGAACGAUGGACCUCAAAGUCGCAGGGACAAAAAGAGGACUAGGAAGGGGCAAGGUAGACAAUAGGAGAAUAACCUUUCUUUCUCCAGGGCCCCAUUGAAGAAACCCAGUCCUGGGAUGGAGAGUGGGAAGAAGAAGCAGAAGACAAUAGGCCAAUAGGGCAUAGAGUAAUGACCAGAUGGCAAGAAUUAGAAAGUGAGGGUAUGCCGGAGUUCCCAGACACUAGGAAUUAUCCUGUAGGGUGGAUAGCACCAGUAGUAAUAAUUCCUCACCCUGCCGCUCUUAAAACAUGUGGCUCAUGUGAUAGAAGUACUGAAGGGGUACUCAGCGGGAGAUCAAUGUUAAGAGGACGGAUGUUAGACAACGUAUGUAUGUUAUGUCUAGCCCGCAGAGAUAAGUGGCCAACCCUAAAACCCAUAGUAAACAAGGGAGAUAGAUGGGGACAUGUAGAAGAGCCAGAAGAGUUAAAUUUAACAAUGGUUUACAAGGGACAAGAAGUAGACUGGGAUAAGAGAAUUGGCACUGUUGAAUUACAUGGGAUGGCUUACGAGACCUAUUCAACAGGUUGGAGAAGAAGGACAACAGAGACGGGUUCAAAGAUGCACAGGCUGUGAAUCAGGAAUCAGAGGAAAGUACACCUCCCAGUGGGGCAAUAAGGAUAGUGUUAGAAUGCCGCUUUGCAAGAGAUGCUUAUGUUGUCAGAGUUGCGCUAGAAAAAGGCAGGAGUGGUAUAGCGAGGACGAACAUGAGGUUUGGCCUAUGGAGAGAGAAUAUGCUGAUAUAUUUGAACAUGGUAGAAUAGCUACUAGAAGCAGACAUACAGAUGGUGUAUAUUUGAGAAUGAGGGUCAGAGCUGACCCUGAAGGAACCAUGCCGGGUCAUAGUAGCUGGGCAACAGUAUGGGGAAUAACGGCUAGGUCAGACGGACUAGUGCUAGGGAUAACCAGAGUUGAUAAUCAGAGUCCGGUUAGGGGCACUAAGAGAAGAGAGACAGGGGUAGAUCCUGGAGAGGGUGUAGUAAAACGCCAAAUGGAUCUACCUCCUGGUCCUCUUCCCCUGUCUUACCCACCAAGGGUAGAGACAGAGAUGACCUCGCCUACUGAAAUACCGGAUUGGGCAAAGCCACCAGAAGACGACUCAAGCCAACCAACUACUGAACCUGACUGGUGUCAGGAAGAAUCACCCUCUGCCUCAAGUGACACCUCUGAAUGGGAAAAGUGUUUCCUCAUUGUUGCUAGAGUAAUGGGCUCUGUCAUAACCAGAGGCCCAUAUAUGCACUGUAAGAAAAGUGUUUCCUCAUUGUUGCUAGAGUAAUGGGCUCUGUCAUAACCAGAGGCCCAUAUAUGCACUGUAAGAAAAGUGUUUCCUCAUUGUUGCUAGAGUAAUGGGCUCUGUCAUAACCAGAGGCCCAUAUAUGCACUGUAAGAAAAGUGUUUCCUCAUUGUUGCUAGAGUAAUGGGCUCUGUCAUAACCAGAGGCCCAUAUAUGCACUGUAAGAAAAGUAUUUCCUGUUGUAAGAUAUGUCAUCACCCUCUCUGCUCUGAGGGAAUGGGAGGAGCAGCAGAUCGGGUGCAGAGAAUCAAAAGGUAUAUAAAGAGACAUUUGCCAUUACUUUGGCGCUGACUUCUUGAAUCCUGAAUUCAUUUAGACAACCAUUUGACUUCGGGUAAUUGCCACCUGACUCAAAUUACUUAAAGAUUCUAACUUGUUGGAUCUGAGAAGGGUCUCUCCGUUAUACCGUUUAACUAUUGAACAGCUGUUCUCUCGCCUGUGGCCUUGGUGCUUGUAUACUGACGCGAUUACACCCAGGGCCAGUCUUCGGAUCUGCAACUCUCGGUUGAGCUCAGUACCUAGCCCUAGUUACAUGGCACGGACACUGCGAUAGUUCAACGGCUCUGAGAGUCUCUCUAGUCCUUAAGUUGAUCUCCUGUUAAUACCUACGGUUAUCUGAAUUGACCCUGUCGCCCGCGGCCUUGGUGCUUGUAUACUGACGCGAUUACACCCAGGGCCAGUCUUCGGAUCUGCAACUCUCGGUUGAGCUCAGUACCUAGCCCUAGUCGUGUGACGCAGACUUUUCGAUAUUCCAGUGGGGCAGGGAAUCACCAGCGGGUUCUCUCAUCCAGUCCAAACUUGAAUCUCUCAAUUUAGCAAACCGCCGACUUCAAGUCAACCUUUCAGCCAGUAGAGGGAAGUCGCUACUAACUAAAUUCUAAAAGAACUCUGACCGAUUGAAACUCUGCUCCUGAUCUCGUGGGUCUCCUCGUCAUCUCUCAAAGGUAAUUAAAUAACUAUUAUAAGCAUUUAAUGUAGAGAUAAGUGUUAUCAUUGUACCAGGCAUUUUUAUAGAGCAUUAAGGCAAGUGCAUGUUUUUGAUUAACGCUGUGUGUGACCGAGUAACAAUUGUGUAUUUUGAAGUGUGUUUGAUUGCAAAAGACAAAAAACAGAGUGUUUUCAAAAAUAAAUGGUAGUCUUAUUUUGUCUCGAGUAAACGGUUCUCUCAAAGACAGUUAACGGUACGGGAGAUAACAACUCUGACACUCCCCGCUACCGGGACACUGGAAACGGAGAAUCGGGGCUCUAUGACGGAAUGAGUUACUGUUAAAAGACAAAGAGGAA